AUGGCAGCCAGCCCAAUCCAGAUAUACGCAGAGCUUCUUCCCAACAUUCGUCAAGUGUCUGUAUCUGUGACGCUUCCUAGUGCUGUUGAUGCGUCGACAGUGACCGAAGUGCUUCCCGAUGGAGUGACGCUCCGCAUUCGCCAUGGCAAUUUGGUGCAGGAGCUGAGGUUGCCGGGCCCUGUGGUCGCAGCGGGUUCACGGCUGGCCAUUCCGCAGCCGAAAAGCCAGGACGGACUAAAAUACGCGUCCUGGCGCCUCCCUCUGGUCGGUCGUGCUCUCAACGGCCACAAUGCGGCAGCCUCGGCGGCGGCAGUCAACGAUCUGGCGCCAUGGUCUGCGCGAGACCUGCGGACAGGCAUGCCGGUCGCUUGUCGAUCCUGUCGGUCUGCAGUAGUCGCAGGCGAGAACAUCGGCGUAUGGAAGGACCUGCCCAGCGACAACUGGGCCGAAAUGAUGGAGUUUUGGCACUGUCACAAGCCGGACCAUCAGCCUGCUAACGGCAGUAGCAAUGGCAGUGGCGAUGCACACGAGCAUGGCAAGGCCACCAACAAGGACCUGGAAGCACGCGGCUACGGUGCCAACAGUACCAUUUCCGCACAGGCAGGCGUCGGGUUCGUGGACCUGAUUGCCCUCGUGUUCGCAGAGAGCGACUGUGGGGGGAUCGUGUAUUCAGAAUCGACCUUUGAAAAGGGCUCUUCGGACCGGAAGAGCAUCGAGAUUGAGCCCGCCCAUGGCAAAUCUUUGUUCCAGAGCCUAAAUAUAUUUUGUGCAUCGUGCCGUGUGCAGAUUGGUUACUUCAACUUUAGAAUGUUGUCUGUUACCCUGUUCAAGUGGCAAGUGCACUGCGAUACAGAGGCUACACUUCAGCCAGCACUGUCAGAGUGCCUCGCUGCAACCUUGAUGGCGACCAUUUCCCGGUCAGGCUCGUCCAAAUCCCUCAUCAUGCCUAUCUACGACAUGCUACCACUGGCUGGAUUGACGUCCGAAGAGAGGGCCUUUGCAGCUCAAACUCUAUACGUCUGGGUCCUCAACAGCAACAUACGGGCAGAGGCAGAUGCGAUCCUGGAGAAACUGAACUCUGAUGUUCAGGAGAUCAACCUCCCCGAAGGGUCCAUCCAGGCCAUCAUUGGGGAGCUGGAGGACAGCAAUACCUCGGUCCGUCCUGUGGGGGUGACAGCCUUGCGAGGCAUGGCCGACGCGGUGCGCCUGGAUAAGUACAUUCCAGCAGGCUGUCUGGUUCUUUCGGCGAAUGGCCUCACCGCACAAGACAGAAGCAUUUGGGAUGCCGCAAUGAGUGGCAACACCUGGAAGCUCGUUGCGCAUCCCGGCAGCAUACCGCCUGAGCCAGGGCCGUGUCUCAAAAUCCCCCAGCGGAUGCUGUUCCUCGACUUGGAGCCAUGGAUUCCUCUAAUGGAACCGAUAAGCAAUCGAUGGAUUUGGGUCUCAUUCAAGGCAAGUGAAGACAGCGCAGACCAUAUAAUUUGCCGAGUCUACGUGCUUCCCAACGACGUUUACCGACGACUAGUCUCUCGCUCAGGCUUACACCUGCGGAAGUACCUCGUAGCUCUCAUGAACGAACUGGACUAUUCCCCCGGAACAUGGAGCGGGCAGUGGAGGUCAGACCACUCGGCCACUACACUGGCUCAGGGUCCAGACGCAGGCAGCGUUGUUGAUGACGAUAUGGAAAUGACGCUGCUGCAAAUGUUUAAUAGCAUCUCGUCUCCCAAGCCACAGCCUGAUCUGAUAGGAGACGGUGUGAACCAGCAUGUAAUGGACUCGCUCGUUACGAGUAAGAUCCGCGGCCUGAAGUCGAAGCUGUACGGCUACCAGAGCCGCUCUGCGGCGGUGAUGCUGCAGCGUGAGCUCUGUCCUGGCCGGACCAUCGACCCUCGGUUGUUGCAGAUGCGCGACCAACAUGGCCAGACGUGGUUCUACGACGAUGUCACGGGCGAUGUGCUACGGAACCCACGCUACUACGACAAUGUGUCGGGUGGGAUCCUGGCUGAAGAGAUGGGAACAGGCAAGACGCUGAUCUGCCUGUCCCUGAUCUUGGCCACGAGAGCCUUCCCGGCAGAAAUGCCAGAAUUGUCUCGGGGCAACAUUGACGGCAGCGGAGGGACUGGUGUGAGGCGCCCAAAAAUUGGCUCUCUGGCGGACAUGGCAGCGGCGGUGAUCGCAAAGCAGUCGGUGCCAUGGAAAUUCUACCUGGAAGAGACGGACGAUAGCGUGCCGGAGCAUUACCAGAACUGCAUCGACGUUAUCAAACGAAACCCGGCACAUUACAUGCCCGAUCAUUUCAAAUUCGGCCGGGAUGCCUGCAGGAUCCCGCGCAGGUCUACGCUUCCGCCUCCAAUGCCGGAACUGGUGUAUUUGAGCAGCUGCAGUUUGGUCAUCGUGCCGGCGAACUUGGUCCGCCAAUGGCAGCAGGAGAUUGACAAACACACGGAAGGGCUAAAGGUUUUGGUGGUGUCGGGUAAGGUGCCGGUGCCAGAUGUGGCAGAUAUUCUCGAGGCCGACAUCCUACUCUUUUCGAUCCCACGUUUCGAAAAGCUGGAGCGGGACCGCCGGGUGACGGGUAACGGGGUCGUGUUCAAGUCGCCGCUGGCAUCAGUGCACUUCAAGCGAGUGAUUGUGGACGAGGGACACCGGCUGGGUAAUUCGCGAAUGGGAGCGAAGUCGAACGUGCUACUCGUGCUGGAGCUGCUGCAGGCCUCGGCACGGUGGAUCGUGACGGGCACACCAUCGACAGGGCUAUUCGGCGUAGACGAUACAAUGCCGGGGACGCCGAGCAGCAAGACGAACGAGACGGAAGAGACAGUGAAAAAGGCAGAGAUGGCUGGUUCUAACAAGCUGGGCGCAUCAUCGCAUCAGCAGGAGCGGAAGGACUUGGAGCGGAUCGGGGCUAUGGCGAGCCUGUACCUCAAGGUGCGGCCGUGGGCCAACAGCGCCAACGAGCGCGGCGACACGCCUGCAGACUGGGCAAUAUAUGUGAUGCAGCCGAAGCACAGCAGCCGCAGCAGCGGGCGAAAGAAUUGUCUGCGUUCGACGCUGGACUCACUCAUUAUCCGGCACCGAAAAUCGGAGGUGGGCGACCUUCUGCCGCCGGUGGUGGAGAAGAUUGUGCUCCUGGACGGCUCAUACCAAGACCGGCUCUGUCUGAAUCUGUUCUCGAUGAUGAUCGUUUUCAACGCGGUUCAGUCGCAGCGGGCGGACCAGGACUACCUCUUCCACCCGCGGCAGCGUAGCGCACUGCUACAGCUGGUCAAUAACACGCGACAGUCGACCUUUUUCGGCGGCUACUUUUAUUCGACCACGGAGAUUGCCCGGGCGGUGCAGACAGCUGAGAAGUUUCUGGCGGACAGCAAGGUGGCCAUAAGCGCCAAAGACGAGAAGAUGCUACGUGAGGCCAUUGCGUUUGGGUUGAUGGCCAAGGACAACAAGUUCAAGCGGCUUGUGGAUGAGUUCCAUGAAGUGCCCGUCUACGUGCGCGACUUCCCGGGGGUGGACCAGGCUGGAGGGCAGCUUGCAGAUGCAUGGUCCAUCGAUGCAGGUGAUGACGAGGCGGCUAAAAAUGAGACUGAAGGCUCAGAAAGUACAAGGAUGACCUGCACGGCAGCUCCUCUGAUUCGAGCGCUUCAACAAUUUUUGCGGCCGUGUAUAGAUGCGCCACACUCUCUCGAAGUCAUGUUUAAGGACGGCCGGUUCGUCCGAAAGGGCCAAGAAGUGCGGGAGAGGAUACGGGUGCAGAGGGCGGAAGCAAGACAGGGACAGCAGGCAGAGGAUCAGCAGAACCACCAAGACUCGCGAUCGAGGUCAAGAACGAAGGUGACGCCGAAGCUGGCUGGUGACACCGGCCUGGGAGAUGACGGGGGCAACAGUCUGAAGCGACGAGGAGGUCUGAUAACACCGUCGGUCCCCGAGAUGGACCCGAAGAUGAGCAAUGCGAUCAGCACUCCGAUGAUUGCAGAGAUUGCAGAGCCGCUUGCAAGGGCACAAAUAGUGUCGACAGCGUCAGCGAAGCUAUCGUACCUGCUCGAUGCGAUCGUGCGGCACCAGGAGACGGAGCAGAUAAUUGUGUUUUAUGACAGCGAGAAUGUGGCAUUCUACCUGGCAGAGCACCUGGAGAUGCUGCAGGUGCACCACCUGAUUUACGCGCGCGGCAUCACGGCCGAGCGGCGGGCGCAGUACGUCGAGACGUUCAACGGCAACGCGCGCUUCCGCGUGCUGCUGAUGGACCUCUCGCAGGCAGCAUUUGGGCUGGAUAUGCGGUCGGCAUCACGCAUCUAUUUUAUCGGUCCGGUACUGAACCCGCAGGUGGAAGCCCAGGCCAUCGGCCGGGUGCGGCGCAUCAGCCAACAGCGACAGGUAUCGGUCGAGACGCUGGUGCUGCGGGACAGCGUGGAGGAGCUGAUUGUGGAGCGUCGCCGGAGCAUGACGCAGGCGGAACAUCGCACGAUGAAAACGAUUCUAGACGACCGGCCGAUCUUUGAGUGGAUUCUGCAUGCGGGCUUUGGACGGGUGGAAGACCCCGACGAAGGUCUGGUGGGCGUGACGAAGAGCAAUGCUGCAGCUGCAUCUAAAUCAACACCAACGGAAAAGCGUGAGCUGCCCAUCGACGAGAAGACCGAACCGGAACGGCCACCAGCCAAGAAAAAAGCAAGACUGUCAGGCGUGCAGGUUCGGUUUGUCAACUCGCCAGAAUGA